AGGAGGACUGCGCUGCCCAGGCCCAGAGGGGUGUUUCCUCGCCGCCCGUCUCCAGUCUAGUCCGCAGUCGCGUCGCCUCCUCGGGGGACGCUGGGAAGGGUCCCCAGGGAGCAGGGGCGAGGGCGGGGAGGAAGGUUCGGCUGCCCUUCUCUGGGGCGUCCCGGGCAGGUGAGUGAGCAGCAGCAGCAGCAGACCUGGGCGUGGAGAGCCCUUCUGCUGGGCAGGCGACUGCGCUCGCCCAGCCACCGCUCUCCGGCCAAGACUUCGCUACGUGGAGAGGCACAACUCGCGCGUCUGGGGCUCUUCCGCGACGCCUUUCGAAACAGACUUGCCAGACGGAUGUUGGCUAAGCGGAGGCUUGCUGCUCGGUUUUAGUGUGUUGUCUAGCCAUUAAGUAUCAUGUCUGACAACGGAGAACUUGAAGACAAGCCACCAGCUCCUCCUGUUCGAAUGAGCAGUACCAUCUUCAGUUCAGGAGGGAAAGACCCAUUAUCUGCUAAUCAUAGUUUAAAACCUCUACCCUCUGUGCCAGAAGAGAAAAAACCCAGGAACAAAAUCAUCUCUAUUUUUUCUAGCACUGAAAAAGGAAGUAGGAAAAAGGAAAAAGAGAGGCCUGAAAUCUCUCCCCCGUCAGACUUUGAACACACCAUUCAUGUUGGCUUUGAUGCUGUUACUGGAGAAUUCACUGGAAUGCCAGAGCAAUGGGCUCGGCUGCUACAGACCUCAAACAUCACCAAGCUAGAACAGAAGAAGAAUCCCCAGGCUGUACUAGAUGUGUUGAAGUUCUAUGAUUCUAAAGACACAUCAAAACAGAAGUAUCUGAGCUUUUCUGCUACAGAAAAGGAUGGAUUCCCCUCUGGAGUACCAGCACCCAAUGCAAAAGGAUCAGAGCCUUCUGCAGCAGCUGAAGAGGAAGAAGAUGAUGAAGCGGCCCCUCCGGUUAUUGCCCCACGACCAGAUCAUACAAAAUCUAUAUACACACGGUCAGUAAUAGAUCCCAUCCCAGCACCAUCUAGUGAUGCUGGUGACAGUGCUGCUAAAUCAGCUGAUAAGCAGAAAAAGAAAAUUAAGAUGUCAGAUGAAGAGAUCAUGGAAAAGCUACGGACUAUUGUGAGCAUAGGAGAUCCCAAGAAAAAAUAUACCAGAUACGAAAAAAUAGGGCAGGGGGCUUCAGGUACAGUGUUCAUUGCCAUAGAUGUGGCAACAGGACAAGAGGUUGCUAUUAAACAGAUAAACCUUCAGAAACAGCCCAAGAAAGAGCUAAUUAUUAAUGAGAUCCUGGUAAUGAAAGAGUUGAAGAACCCAAACAUAGUCAACUUUUUAGACAGUUACCUUAUGGGAGAUGAACUGUUUGUUGUAAUGGAGUACUUGGCUGGUGGGUCUCUCACGGAUGUCGUUACGGAGACUUGUAUGGAUGAGGCACAGAUUGCUGCUGUCUGCAGAGAGUGUUUACAGGCGCUGGAAUUCCUACAUGCCAACCAGGUGAUCCACAGAGAUAUCAAAAGUGACAAUGUGCUCUUGGGAAUGGAUGGAUCAGUUAAGCUGACUGACUUUGGUUUCUGUGCUCAGAUUACUCCAGAGCAGAGCAAACGUAGCACUAUGGUUGGGACACCUUACUGGAUGGCUCCUGAAGUGGUCACACGGAAGGCCUAUGGCCCUAAAGUGGAUAUUUGGUCUCUGGGUAUCAUGGCUAUUGAAAUGGUGGAAGGUGAACCCCCCUAUCUCAAUGAAAACCCUUUGAGGGCUUUGUAUUUGAUAGCAACUAAUGGAACUCCGGAACUGCAGAACCCAGAGAAACUGUCCCCAAUAUUCCGUGACUUUCUAAAUAGUUGUUUGGAAAUGGAUGUAGAGAAAAGAGGGUCAGCCAAAGAUCUGUUACAGCAUCCUUUCCUGAAACUGGCCAAACCGUUGUCAAGCUUGACGCCACUGAUCCUAGCAGCCAAAGAAGCAAUGAAGAGUAACCGUUAGCAUUGUUGCUGUGGCCUUCAUCAUUUUUGUGUUUUUAUUUUUAAAAAUCUUUAUAAUAUAUAAAUUGUUGCUCUUGUAGGGGGGUUGAAAGUCUGCAGAAGGGAAAAAUCUCUCACAUGGAACACACAUGAGGGAAAAUGAUGGUGGUGGUGGUAGUGAACUUUUCUAGGAGUCUGGAAGAAGUUGUGAACUGAAUCACUGGCCUUUUUCACCACUUUUGCAGACAACUCAGAUGUAUUUUACUAUGCCUGGGAGUUGUGUUUUUCAAUGACUUUGCUGUAUCAGAUCCAACUUACUGUGCUCUGUGGGGCACUUUCAAUACUUGAACAACGAAUUCAAGCUUUUUGAGGGAGGCAUUGAUUUGAUUGGCUGAUCCCCACCCCCCACCCUGUCAGUCAUUCAAAAUGUUGCAAACUCAGAUUUAUUAGAUUCAAGGCAGAUAUGGUAGAAAUGUGAAAGUUCCUCUUAGCCCCUUUCUCUUAAUGUACCAUUUUGUCAUAACUGUAUUGUAGCAUUAACCACUCAGCUACCUGAGAAUGAUAGUUUUCCAGUGACCCUUGACCCUUCUUAAGGACAGAAGAACAUGGGCAGAGAAGGAAGAAAAAAGCACGGUUUCUGAUGUAGGAUUUUGUUGCAUGGACUUCUUAAUGUAAGGAACAGAUGCCUCUGCAUUUUGGAGAUUGAAUAUGAGUGGUGGGAAAAGGAGGAGAGUGUUUUGUUUUGUGUAAUGCUCAAACCAUUCUCUGGGUUUGGGGAAAGAACCUCAUUCCUGUGAAUUGUCUUCCACCUUUCCCCUGCCUGUGUAGGCUUAUUGGUUACAUUUUAAAGGGAUGUCUGAAAGUUGUGUAGUUUUUAUAGCAAAGUGUUGUGUCCAUGUUCUGACUUGGGCUUUGGGCUUUAUGCUGGUGCCUUCUGAAUUUUCAAAUUACCCUUCUUUGUAUUAAAUACAUUUUGUAUAUGUUGUACAUUUUCCCUCCAAAAGCAACUUUGGAAUUGUCAGGACUUGAGUAUUUGAGCUCUCUUCCUUUUUAUAUAUAUAAAUAUAUCUGUGUGCACCAUUUCUAUUAACAAAAGUGAACAAACGACCCAGCAGAUUUGCAAAAGCAGAAGAUCCAAGACUUUUUGUAUAAUUCCGCCAACUGAAGCUUUUGAACACCAAAAGUGCUAUUCUGUGGAAGCAAAAUGGGAGGUGGUAGAGUAGCUUAGAUUCAGCAUGAUUUGAAAUUGGCUUGUGAAUAGCUGGAGAAAUUUGCCUUCUCAUGGUGGUCCUUUCUCUUGAGAGACUUAAACUAUUGUGGCAGAAGACAAACACAAGAUAAAGUGCCUCCCUAAAUGAAAGAGAAUAAUUGGAGCCAUAGAGGAGUUGGAAGUUCCAGUUCAGGUGGCCAAGUAUACCAGAUGGGCUCCCUUGUUGCUCACAUCAGUUUUCUAAAAUCACUGUAUUUUUAUGUGCAGCUUAUCUUGAUGGAGAAUUGCCAAGUGAUAAUGUGCCAAACAAUAACAUGAAAGAUGCAUUAAUUUGGUGCUAUAGUUUUGCCUCAUUCCUAGAUGGUAUUCUUGGGAGAGCAUCUUAAAGCCCUAGUUAAGAGGAAACGUGGCUUUUUGGAUGAUCAGUGGAAAGCCUCUUUCCUACCUGUGAACUUCUAUUAGCAUCUGGACAUCAUCAGGCAAAGGUUUCAUGAACAGGUUGCAAAACAAAUGUUAGCUAGAUUCCAGGUUCUAAACUAUUGCAUCACCAAGGGUUCCAUUCUCUAGGAUCCUGGAGCCUCUUGCACCCUGCUUUGCACCAACAAAUGCCUUAUUUAUACAGCCAAAAGCAAUGCUACACCCUAGUCUAUAGUCCUGUAUCCUGUGAGGAGUAUUCAUCUGAAAACUGUAUAACAAAGCAACAGAUUUACUUUUCAGUGUAUUUGGAAUGUGUAUGGUUUGGUCCAAGAAAGUGUGAUGUCUGAGUGAUGUAUAGGGUGCUGUUCUUCCCCUGGCCACGACUUGCAGUACUGGUUGCCAUAAAAAUUAAGAGCCUUGCCCUUAAAUUUGAUGUAUAUUAAUCAAAUCAGGGGAUUUAAAGACGGUUAACUUUAGUAUUUUCUUACCAUUGAAUCUUCGUCUGUUGCUGGCAAUGGAUUAUGUAGAACCAGUUGCUCCUGUGGCAUAGGUGUGUGGGGGUGUUUUUUAUGGUAACAAAAGGUAAUACUGUUCUGGAAUUUAAGUUUUAAACAAAAAACAUAACAUUUACAGGCUUUUAAUUUACCUGGUAAAAGUGAUUUUAAAUUAGCAAUUCACUGUAAAUCCUCCUUGAGAAGUAGUUUACAGUUUGGACUAGUCCUGGAGUUUUGAUGCACAUUGAGUGGCCUUUCUUGUGCCAUCACGAUAUAGCGUACUAUAGGGACAGUGGGAGAGGGCCUUACUUUUUCAGAAUAAUUGGUUUGCUUGAGGAAAGCAGCUGGAACAUGACCGUCUCAAAUCCUUCUUUUUUUUUCCUGGUACUGACCAGUAAUGCAGGAGGAAAGGAAGCAGCAUAAUGAUUUGUGUCCUUUUGCCAGUGCACUACUAGGAAGAAAAAAUAACCGUGCCCUUUAGUUACAGGGCGUGACCAUUUUGCCUCCAGUAAUGCACUACCCAAAGGAUGCAAUGUCAUUAUGUUUCUUCCUUUUCCUGGUGCAUGGGCCAUAGUACCAAGAAAGAAGAGGCAGCAUUUUAAAAUGCUGGCUGCUGAGAGGCAGCUGUUUUCUUCAAGCAAGCUGGCUGUUCUGAAAAGGUAAGCACCCGCCUCAGUCCUAUUCAGUACAAUGUCAAUACGAUGCAGCAUUGCAUCAAACUGAUUAUCAGGGAAACUUUUAUCUAGAAUAGUUUCUGGGAAGAAAUGCCCUGAGAGGACUUGCAUCGCCUCAGUCUGAUUAUUGGGCCAGUUUGAUGCACAGCAAUACUAAUUCGUAUAGGAGUGAUAACACUGAACAAAAAACUGUGAGGGUUCCCAACUCUUGGCUGACCUUCCAGCUAAAUAUGCCUUAAUCAAAUUUCCAGUGACUAAUGUGAGUAAAAGUAAAUAAGGGCUAAUUCAUACCAUCAGCUUUAGGACUUUUCAACCCACAAAGUAUAUUUGUGCACCAGCAUUCAGGCCUUGAAUAUGUUUGCAAUGGUAAACGAUGACUGCUGGAUAUGUAGAGAGGAGGGAAAGAGUGUCUCAUUCCAUGAAAGCAGGCUUAGGUGGAAUGAUCAGCGCCCAGUUGUUGUUUUUCCUGCCCAAGAAGUUGAAAUAUGACUAUUUGCCACCAAAAAUAAAUAAAUAAAUAAUGAGCAUGUGCUGGAUUGGAUGGCGAUAUCCAUCUCUUGAGCAUAUACCCAAUUACAUAGUCACUAUUUGACUAUGGUCCAGGACAGUUUGGAGUAAAUUAACUCUGCUAUUAAAAAUUGGAAGCUUAGGGUGGGUGUUUUUUUGUGGUUUUUUGGACUUGGUAUCUGAAAUUACGUACACCUUGAAAUGAUUUCCUCCUUUGUUCUCUUUCUAUUAUUUUGCCAGAUGGAAAUGGAAGAAGGUGCAAGCUUUGAUUUUUUAAAAACUGUCUUCAGAUUUUGUUGCCACCUUGUUUUAAUUUAAUCCCAUUCUGUUAUUUAAUUGUUACUGCAAUAUUAACUACUGUAUUUGACUAUGUUUAAUGACUUCGUUCUUUCAGGGCUAGAAAUAAACAUUUCUAAAAUGCU